UCUCUCAAAUAACUGUGAUUGUUGCCUUCGUGACGUUCCUUGUUUCAGGCAACAAGCACAGUUACCAUAGAGCUGAUAUUGCAGUCACAUAUUCACUGUUUAUUGGUGGUUUUUUCCUGGAUUUCUGUGCCAUUUUUAUAUCCUUGAGGUCCCCGUGGACUUGGUUGUGGUUGAAGGCUCGAGGGUGUAACAUGCUUGCCAGGUUCUCUUGGUUUCUUUUUUCCAACGACGCCAUUGGAUGGUCGGAGAAAAGGACAUUGCGGUCAAUUGUAGCUGGGCAGUACAACUUGAGGGGUUGGUUAGUGCAUACUGAACAGCCAAGGUCGUUCUUUAGUCCACUAAUGAUGACGGUGAGAAAGUCGCUGACACUAUGUGGUGCCCAGGAGGAUAAAAUAUUUUGGUUGAGCAAAAUAUUAGGCUGGGAGUACGCCAAAGGGGACAAAAUAAUGGAAUGUCUCCAAAGCAAGAUGUAUGGUAGGUGGUAUUCUACAGGUGCGAUUCGCAGUGUAUGGGAUGAGCAUGACAACAUAAUGGAAUGUAUCCAGGGUUUUGUGGGCCAACGAAAGAAAUCUGAACCCAAUGAUUUUGGCUAUAUGCUUGUCUACAUGCAUAUACAAACAGAGGCACACCUGAGGGAAGACCUGUUAUCGCACGUGGAAAGCACUGUCUGCCGGCAACUGUCCCGCUACAUGAUGUACCUCCUGGUUACCCACCCUUCCUUGCUGCCUCUCGAUACAAGUGCAGUAGCUACACUGGAUUGGUGGCGAGCAGCUGCUGCUUCAGAGGGUAUGAGUAGACUGGAACGGAUGAAUCCUUGGUUAUCCAGCACGGAAGCAUUGAAGGAGCUCGUUGACUUUUGGGUGUGGGUGAUCAUGUAUGCUGCGGCCAAAUCACGGUCGGAGAUGCACGCGGCGCUGCUGGCCAGAGGUAGUGGAGAACUCCUCACCUUCGUAUGGCUGAUGAUGGCCCAUCACCUUAAAACGGGCGAUUUUUCCGACCUGUCAAUAUUUCGCAAGAUCGAUCACAGGGAUUUUACUGCCAUCGGUGUAUUUGGUCAGCGGUUUUGAGAUGCUGAACGGACACCCGACCGGCCAUUAGCCUCAAACAUUGAAUGUCUUCAAUGUUCUUGGAAAUAUAGGUGCUGCCAAUUAUUGACAUCAUAAUAUUGAUCGUUCCCCGUCGACAUUGUGUUUUACCAUCCGUUUAUACCUUAAUUACUAUUGCUUUUCGCUCUUCCCCUCUUUAGUUGUAAUUGAAACUUGUGCCUCCUGAUGUAUUGACAAUAAUGAUUGUGACGACCUUGUGAAAUAUUAGUUGCUGCUUGCACCGUCAUAUUGAUGAUGCACAAUUCUAAGUAUGCUCUGUUUGGAAGGGCUAUUUGGUCGGA